AUGUCAAAAGAGGUUGAGCCUACAGAGCUGUCGGACAGCCUGAACCCUACGCCUACGGCAGGGUACAAUCCAGGAGAAAAGAAGUCAAUUCAAGAAUAUGCUUCCCUGGAUGCACAAGAUGAGAGCCUACGUCGCUGGAAGGAAAGCCUAGGUAUUAGCACGGAUGGUGCUAACGAUGCCUUGGACCCAACCGCACCCAAGCUCACUAUUCAUUCGCUUGCCUUGGAGAGCACACAGCUGCCAAAUGGCAGUGUCAGCAUUCAAUUAGACAAGCCCAGUGAACUGGAAAAACUGGCAAAAACACCGCUCCAAAUCCCUGAAGGGAUUGAGUAUGCGGUUGCUAUCCGAUUUUCCGUGGGACGAGAAGUGUUGUCGGGUCUCAAGUAUAUCCAUGUCGUUAAGCGCGCUGGCGUUCCAGUAGACAGGAUGGAAGAGAUGAUCGGCUCUUAUCCACCGCGAAAGGAGCCUUAUGUCAAGCGAUUCGCUCCUAACGAAGCACCCAGUGGCUUCUUGGCACGAAGUGGCAAUAAUUCGGUCCGCAGCAGAAUCAUGGACGAUGAUGGAGUGAUUUAUGCAGACUUCACUUGGACCUUCAAGUUUGUAAAGGCUUGA